AUGGUUGAGGGUCCGGGCUGUACGUUGAACGGAGAGAAAAUUCGCUCCAAAGUUAAAACUGGUCAAAAAGUGAAGGAGUUCAGAGGCAGUUUGACGUCUACUAGAAACAGCUCUGGGUCAAAUGGCUUCCAAAGUUUUUACGGGUGUCAGUACACUGGUGUGGAAACCCUGGGGAAGGAGCUCUUUGUGUACUUUGGUCCAAAAGCUUUGAGAGUCCACUUUGGUAUGAAUGGAUCAAUGCGAAUAAACCCUGCUGAGAGCAGGGUUAAAACGGGCUCUGCACCAGUGCUGGAAAUGCAUCUCACAAACGAUGUGGUGAGCUUCUUUGACAGCACAGUGGAAAUAAGGUGGACGGAGGACUGCGAGCAGAGGGUCAGGGCCACGGAGAGUCUGGAUGUGUGUUCCUCUAAGUUCAGCUUCUCCCGCGCCGUGGAUGCAGUCAAGAGCCAAAGCAGCAGGAUGCUCUGUGACGUUCUCUUAGACCAAGCCGUCAUGCCAGGAGUCGGCAACAUCAUUAAAAACGAAGCCCUGUUUGACUCGGGCCUCCACCCAGCCGUGAAGGUCCGGCAGCUGACAGAUGCACAGAUUCACCAUCUGGUGAAGAUGACACGUGAUUUUACUCUUCUGUUUUACAAGUGUCGAAAGUAUGGCUCUGCUCUCCACAAGCAUUACAAAGUCUACAAGCGUCCCCAGUGCGGCCAGUGCUCCUCUGCCAUCACGGCCUGUCGUCUUGGAGACAACGGGAGGAUGACAUACUUCUGUGAGCGCUGUCAGAAGGAAGACCCCGGCAGAGUUGACAUCAGUAAGCUCCCGCACAGAAACAGUCUGAUUGGCUGGGCCUGCAGUGAGAGGAGCGGCGAUGGCGUGGCUAAAAAACAGGAGCAGGACUGGGCCUGUGAGCUGUGCACGCUCAUCAACCGGCCGGCGGCGGCCGCCUGCGACGCAUGCCUCACCCCGAGACCCCCAGACCACAAAGACAACAUUAGCACUGAGGCAUCGCCCUUCACUGCUGAUUUAAUUAAAUACCCCUGCACCGCCUUCAACAAACCACAAGAGGAGCUCAAAGUCAACUGGAGGUCUGCUUUCGGGACUUCCACUCUUGUUUUCUCUGACAUGAGCAAGAAGCCAAAGCCUGUAAACUCGCCACUCUCCCCAGCCGGCAGUCAUUUGAAUUCCUUGGCGGCAGCGCGAGGUUUAUAUAAAAACAGCGUUUGCCAAGGGACAACAAGCCCCAAUUAUGCCUCUGGUGGCUGGCAGAAGCAAAGUAUAGAGCUCUCCAAUGGGGAAUCUCUGGCCUCCUACAGUCACCCAUCCAAGAAAAUGAGAAUUGAUCACAGUCUCUUUCCCAGUAACAAUGCUCAAAAUGGAACCCCCAACUCAGGUGUGUGCAAAACGGAGGCGGCCUCCGUUUCUCCCAGUUCCAGCGCCCCUUGCUGUGCGUCCCACCGUCGCCCCGCCGUCCUCAGAGUGGUCCACAAGGAUGGACAGAAUAAGGGACGACACUUCUACGGGUGCUCGCUGCCCAGGGAGACCAAGUGCAACUUCUUCGAGUGGGCAGAUUUGCACUUCCCCCUUUGUCACCACGGGAAACGCUGUUUAAUGAGGACAGUUCUAAAGCUCGGGCCCAACAACGGUCGGAACUUCUACACCUGCAGCCUUCAAAAGGGUAAACAAUGUGACUUUUUCCAGUGGGCAGAGAACGGACCGGGGGUGUCCGUCCUCCCUGGCUGCUAA